UGGAGAAGAAAGCAUGCUUCGUAUCAUCAGAUGGUUGGAGAAACAAAAGGUUCCCCUUGACUCCUCCGUGCUUGACAUUGGAACUGGAAACGGUGUUUUACUGGUGGAAUUGGCAAAGUCUGGCUACACUAAUCUCACUGGGAUUGAUUACUCUCCUUCUGCAAUACAGCUUUCAGAAAAAGUCAGAGAGAAAGAAGGGAUGCCUAACAUUAAAUUAAAGGUAGAAGACUUCCUGGCUCCGUCAGCUGAGCUGUCAGGAUUUGAGAUUUGUAUUGACAAGGGAACUUUUGAUGCCAUAAGCCUUAAUCCUGAUAACGCGGUGGGGAAGAGGAAGCAGUACGUCAGAUCUCUCUGCAGUGUAUUGAAACCAGAGGGCUUUUUCCUCAUCACAUCUUGCAACUGGACCAAGGAGGAGCUGCUGAAUGAGUUCAGAGAAGGAUUUGAAAUUCUGGAGGAGCUGCCAACACCCAAGUUUUGCUUUGGAGGAAGAAUUGGAAACAGUGUAACAGCGUUGGUUUUCCAAAGGAAAAAAGUGAGGCCAUCCAUCUUGGACAAAUUAGAUUAGUUGAGAAAAUUCUGAACUUUAAACCUGACAGAAAACCUCAGACGUGUGUAAAUAAAUGCUCUUUGAGUACACAGUAAAAUAAUACGUAUGGAGCUCUAAGGGACUAUAAAACAUUGCCCUAGAAACAGUUCGGCUUUGCAUAACUUGCCCGUAAAUUUUGUCCUUGCUACAACCUCACUUGUUUUAGGGAGGCUGCAAGUUUGUAAGUGAGAGAGAAAUAAGACAUUCUGAAUACAGGGACUAGUGUAACUGAGUGAUAUUUGUGUUUGGAACAUAAAGAUGAGCUGGUAUUUCAUUUCUGUGUUGGUGAUCAGGGAGCAAUAGAGGUAAAGGUAUCCUACAAAGCAAAAA